AUGGCGGCCGAAGACACCGAGAGGGCCUGCAACAAUCUAGCGCCCACUACACAAAGCGCUCACAAGCUCAAGCCAGCCCUAUACCCAAAACAACCAAAGGGAAACUCACAGCAAAGUGCCCCGACAAGACACAUACCCUCUGGGACACGAUCCGGUGCUCUGACCCCAGCUCCAAGGCGGGCCCAAAACAUGCGGAAAAGCCGGGGGCACUGCAAACCAGUACCCGCACCGCAAGGGAUCACACUGAAGGCACACAAGCGAACACCUGCAUCCCAGACAAGCCGGGGAGCAGGUCUCCCACACAAUGAGCCGCACACCACUCAUGGAAAACCACACUUUAACCAGCAUGGAAGACGCCGCAAAGCAACACAGCUUCAACACAACAGAGAACCAAGAACCCGUGUCACUCCACUACCCUGGCGUCACCUCAUCAACGGUGUACCCGAAAAUGAUUAA